AGUAUUUGGCAAGCAGGUUGGGUUUUGCUAUUCGGCACGGGAGUCGAAGGAGGCUCCUACGGCACUAGGGAGUUUGUCGACGGAAAUAUUCUGGCUAAUAGCAUCUACCUUCUGGCUAAUAGUAUCCAUCUUCUGAUUGACUUCAAAGGCUGCUGA